AUGGAUCUGCGGCUCUGCGUGCGGGCGCUCCUGCUGCUCUGGCUCUCCCUGACCGCGGUGUGUGGAGGGCCUCUGCUACAACCUUGUGACCGGAAGGGGCUUCAGGAAAGCAAUGUCCGCCACCUGGUGCAGCCCCGAGGGCCAAGGACUGGUCCAGGGUCCUGGCAGGGAGGUCGGAGAAAAUUCCGCCGCCAGCGGCCACGCCUCUCCCAUAAGGGACCCAUGCCUUUCUGAAGCAGGACUGAAGGGGCCCCCAAGUGCCUACCAACCCCACAAUUCUCUCUGCUCCGUUGAUUGAUCUGCUUCUCCGGAGCCCUCACGACCAUUCGCCGCUCUUCUCCACCUGUCCCAGCUGCUGACCGUCUGCACUGUGCUCACCCACCAGCUUCUCUGAAUGGCCACCCUGCCCCUAGCUGGAAUGAUUCCCUUUGCCCCAUAAGGAUCCAUUGAGCCCCUCAUCCUGGCCCUUCCUCGACUGACUUUGGAGACCCAGCACUGGAAGGCCGACACUCUCCUCUCCAACCCUCCCUGUACCCUAAUCCCUGCCCUCCCAUCUAACCCCUUCCUUCCUGGGCUAUCCCUGGGCUGGGUGCAACCCUGGGAAGCUCCCUUCUUGGUGGCCUCCUGUAUUUGACAGAUUUCCCUGUCAGUUCCUUCAGAAGGAACUAUAGCAACAGGCCGGGAGAGACUCUAGUUAGCCAGGUUGGGGCAUCGGGAUGCAGACUGGGUGCCUUGGUGGGGGGGUAUUGGAAUGGGGGAUUGGCAUGCUGAGGGAGGAGGGGCGAAGCAUUAGAAAAGAGGAGGAAAAGCUGCUGUAGCCUCUUUGUCCCCUCAUCCCCUGGUGUUUGGCCCAGUUGAGGAAAAGGAGACGCGGGCCCAUGAAAUAUCUUGUCACUUCUCUUACCUCACUAUGUCUCCUGACACUCCCCUCCCACUCAGCCCCACCCCCACCUACUUCAGGCUUCCACUCAGGAGCGGAGGGUGAUGGGUCUGAGGUGACUCUAUACCCUCCCAGGAGCAAAAGCCAAGCAGGGGGAUUGUUUUUGCCAAGAAUCACAGAACUCAGAGCCAAAAGGAACCCUGGUGCUCAAGUGGCUCCGCCUCCUCAUGCAAACUCUUGCAAACACUCAGGCCGGCUGAGGGAUGGUGACCCACUCAGGGUCACCUCUGAGCCAGAAUGAGGACCCAGGUCCCCCAGCUUCCCCUUGAUGAUGUCCGCUUCCUUCUUGAUGAUGUCUUCCCAAAACACGUUAAGUGCCUUCUCCCGGGAUUGGGACAGGAGUGGCCGGUAAGGGGGAGGCAGCCCCCAUGACCUGCCCAGCGCUGGCGUGGGGACAGAGCUGCCGCCGCUCAGGUACCGAGGCUGCCGUUCCAAAGCCAACACUGAUUCUCAGGAGGCUUCCCUUCGUGCUGAGUGGGUUUCCCAGUGGCCUUCCUUUGGUGGGGACGGGAAGAAGGGAAGGAGAGGGGAAGAGGGGGGAAAGGAAGGAAGAAGGAGAGAUGGGAGGUCAUGGAGGGCUGCGUAGGCUUCCCCCUCUGCGGCCUCCUGGAAGGAAGCAAAGGGAAGAUGAACACUCACAGCCACCUAUGUGUGUGUGAGGCCAGGGGUCCUCAGGGCCCCUUGAUUCCCACAGUAAUUCCAUGUUUGCCUAGCCGCCUCUGCCCUUACUCGCUGCUGCUAAUGCUGCCGCCGCUGCUGCUGCUGCUGCUGCUUUGAGGCCCUCCCUGGGGAGGCCUGCCGGGCACCCGCAUCCUCAGACUAGAGGGCUGGCCAGUGUCCAGAAAGCCUCUUCUGCCACAGUUGCCCCACCAGGGACUGGGCCUUCUCCCCCCUCCUCCACACUGCAUCUCCGGCUCCUCAGCCUGCCCGGCCCCAUGGGAAGGGGAAGAGGGACAAAGGGGACACUGGGAAAGUCGGGAGACACAGCAGAGGAGGGCCGUUGGGGGGGGCUGUCUUAUUUAAAGUGGUUGUGUAUGAUUCUUAUACUAAUUUAUACAAAGAUAUUAAGAGUCUUUUCAAUAAGCGAUUGUUCCCCUCCCAUAAUCGUUUUCACUGUUUGUAAAGAUUGUUUCUUUGUAAAUAUGUCUUUAUAAUAAAGAGUUGAAAGCUGACAAUUCGCCCUUACUCUUGGAGGUCAAGACAUUCAACCCUCCCCUGGGGUCCAUGGUGGCCCCCAGGCCCACACUUUGCACGUGCAGGGAGCUCAGAACCUGCAUCUCAAAUUGGUUCCAGGUCAAAUGGCCUCAAACCAAUUUACCACAAACUCACAAGAGAAAUCUCUUAAGUUUAACAUAACAUUAACAUAAAAUUCAGUCCACUUUUAAGUGUUUGGCCUUUUUCUAGGGUUGUCCUUCUGUUUUUGGCGGUGUCAUUUAAAGAAUUUUUAAACAGCAAUGUAUUUCAAAGCAUUCUGAUUCAAGGAAGGAUUUCUACUCAAAACUUAUUUUGUAUCCUUGGUGGGUGUCUUCUGGUUUUAUUGACUUUUGAACACUUUCAGGACUUUUUAGCCAGUUUGCCUUUCUUGAAAAAUGUUAUGUUUCCUGCAAUAAAUACAUUUGGUAAUGACUUUGUAUGUAUCAUUUUAUGUUUCACAAAGUAGAGUUGCUUGAUGAAUGAGAUAACCUGAAAAAUAAAAUGCAAGGAG